AUUUAGAGUUCGCCUUAUGUAAGCAGCCAAUCUCCAGAUUUAUAAACUUGCUGAUAUACUCUAUCUCUUGUUUGGUUUCUUGGUGGUGGUUGCAGGAGCAUUGGCAGUCUGAGCAGUGCGUAGUGGUUGAGAGCUGCUGAUGGGUCCUGGAGGGCCUGGUGGACCAGGGGUCCUGGACCUGGAGGACCUGGUGGGGGGUUUGGUUUGGGGUCCUGGACCGGGAGGUCCUGGCUGGGGCCCAGGGCCUGGUUGGGGUCCUGGACCUGGGGGCCUGGUGGGGGGUUUGGUUGGGGUCCUGGACCGGAGGUCCUGGCUGGGGCCCAGGGCUAGGUGGGGGUCCCGGAUUUGGAGGGCCAGGAUUCUUUGCAGGUCCGGUUUUGGUUUCUGGGGACCUGGUGGCUUCUUUGGUGGCUUUGCUAAUGGCAUAUGCAACAUGAUAUAUCUUGCAUGUCUUGUCUUUGCUGUUGCUGGUUGCUGCAAGGUUGUUUUGGGGACCACCUGAACCCUAUGGGCCUCCUGGCGGACCUCCUCCUUUCUGAUUUGGCUGAUCUUUAUACGAUUAUGUGAAUGAUAAUGAAUGAUUUAAUUUAUGUGUAACCUUAAUGGUUGUUCUGUGGUUUAUUAGGAAAUUAUGAGUUUUGACUUAUUCA